AUGUCGACGAAUCCGAACCACCCGGACAUUCAUAAAACUCUCUUUGACGAUGGCCUCAAAGUGCGGCGCGAGGUCGUUGGCGAUGAGUACGUCGACCGCGCGUUGGCCAACGGGUCAACCGAAUUUUCGCGUCCUGGCCAAGAGCUCGUCACUGAGUUUUGCUGGGGCUAUGCCUGGACUCGGCCAGGGUUGGAGCGCAAGCAGCGCUCGCUCAUAAACAUCGGCAUGCUUAUGGCACUGAAUCGAUCACCAGAGCUAGCUGUGCAUGUGAGAGGGGCAAUUCGGAAUGGUUUAACAGAAACCGAGAUCAGGGAGGCUAUUCUACACGCAACAACAUAUUGCGGUGUGCCUGCGGGCGUGGAAGCGAUGAAGGUUGCAGAGAAAGUGUUGGAUGAGAUGGCAGCAAAGGGAGAACAUGUUCGACAGCUGGGAGCGAAGGCUAAUGUGUGA